ACAACUACAAAUCCAAACUAAACAAACAAAAGAAAAAGUUGUGUCUAUAUAUAAUGCCACUCAUCUUCACCCCAAAUAUACUCCAUCAUCAUAUAUCUCACCACUUCUACUACAAAUCUUUUUCUCUCUCUCUUUCUCUCUGUUUUUAUAAGUACUUGUCCAAAUCUUGACAGCUUAGGUUAUUAGUUUCAUUAAAUUUUGUCUUUAUUAUAUAGUCAUCAUCAUCAUCAUCAUCUCUCUCAAAUAUAUAUUACUAUAAACUUCAUCGUUUUGCUUCAUCAUUUUCUAAAUUUUCCCAAACAAUGGUUUCUCCUGAUGCUCUUCGAACUAUAGUUGGUAUCCUAGGAAAUAUUAUUUCAUUCAUCUUGUUCUUGUCUCCAAUGCCAACAUUUAUUCAAAUAUGGAAAAGAAAAUCAGUGGAGCAAUACUCAGCUGUGCCAUACUUAGCUACACUUAUAAAUUGUCUUGUUUGGACACUUUAUGGGCUCCCUUUUAUUCAUCCAGGAAGUAUUUUGGUUGUGACUAUAAAUGGGUCUGGUCUUGUAAUUGAGUGUACAUACUUAAUCAUCUUCUUAAUCUUCUCAGAUAAGAAGAAAAGAAUUAAAGUUGUUCUUGCUGUUCUUGCUGAGCUUGUUUUCAUUUCUAUUCUCACCCUUUUGACUUUGACUCUGACUCAUUCUCACAAGAAAAGAUCAACCAUUGUUGGUACCAUUUGUAUACUCUUUAAUAUCAUGAUGUAUGCUGCUCCAUUGGCUGUUAUGAAAUUGGUAAUUACUACUAAGAGUGUAGAGUUUAUGCCAUUUUUCUUAUCAUUUGCUUCAUUGUUGAAUGGUAUUACUUGGACUACUUAUGCUCUCAUCAAAUUUGACCCUUUCAUCACUAUACCAAAUGGGCUAGGGACAUUUUUCGGAGUGGCCCAACUGAUUCUAUACGCAACAUACUACAAAUCAACACAGAGAAUAUUGGCAGAGAGAAAGACCAAACAGGUUAACUUGUCAGAAGUAGUUGUGGCUGAUGAAGAGGAGUUAAAGAAACCAUGUGGAAGAGGGCAAAAUGGUCAUUCUACUCUGAAUAAUCAUUGAUGACGUGGCAGAAGAAGAACCAUUGGAUGGAAUAUGAGAGUAGUUUUACUAAUAAUUGUUAUUAUAAAAUAUAUAAUACUUACAAAGGCACCCACUUAUCUAAGAUAUAUAGAAGUGGUGUAGUAACUCUACUCUUCAUAAAUAACUUUGAUGUUCUUUUUUUUUUUUUUUGUAUGGGUUGUGAUUUGGUAUAAGAACAAUAUAUGCCUUGAUUUGAAUUUGAGGCUUUUUUUCAGUUAGAUAAUGACAAAGUGGUGUGUGUUU